CCUGUGUAACCUUGCCGUGAAUGUAAUGCACUGAAGCCCAGACACUAUAAACACAUGCCGGGCACAUAGUGUGCGGUGCCGCAGAGCUGCCAUGAACGGCUUCCCCUCCGAGGACUUAACCCUGGACAGCGGCGGGGAGGUGACCUCCCCUACGGCCGCAGCUGCCCCCCCGGUCCCGCCGCUGGCUCUGGGUCCCCUGAACGGGCAGCUGUGCUGUCUGCGGGAGGAAGGCGAGAGGUGCACCCGGCCUGCGGGCAAUGCCAGCUUCAGCAAGAGGAUCCAGAAGAGCAUCUCCCAGAAGAAAGUCAAGAUCGACCUGGACAAAACAGCAAGACACCUUUAUAUUUGUGACUUCCACAAGAACUUAAUUCAGAGCGUGAGAAACAGACGGAAAAGAAAGGGUAGUGAUGAUGACGAUGCGGACUCCCCGGUUCACGAUGCCGAUACCCCAGAGGUGGACCUAUUCCAGUUGCAAGUAAACACGUUGAGAAGAUAUAAGAGACAUUUCAAACUUCAAGCAAGGCCUGGUUUGAAUAAAGCACAGCUUGUUGAAAUCAUUGGUGGUCAUUUCCGAACUCUUCCAGUGAAUGAGAAGGACACACUUACAUAUUUCAUCUGCUCAGUCAAGAAUGAAAAAAACAAAAUGGAUCAUAAGUCUGACGGAGGACUCCAUUAGGCAACACGCAUUUGUGGUUUCUGGACAUUGGCAGCAGUUGGAGAUCUCUACAAGCCUCAGAAAAGAAGGACACUUGUAAAUAAAGUUCAGUGGGAUAUUUACGUUGUGCAUGGCAUUGACUAGUCUGACAAAAUUGUCACUUGACGCAGCAAUAACUCAGAAUCUAUAAUACUUUAUUUGCUCUGUUCCUUAAAGAAAUGUAGGGCAUGGUUGCCAAUUCUUUAUGUUCAAAAUUGCAUCUAAAAUGAAAAACGAAGCGGCUUUGCAAAAAGUCUUCUAGGUUUGUGUCAACAGCUUCUAUUCUGACCUAUACGUCUCCAUGUAACAGAAUCUAAACCCUGUGUCGUCUGAUCCUGCAUUCAUACUUCUAUCUGUCCUCUAUGUGCCAUACAGGGGCGGAUUGGCCAUAGACCCUACAGGGAAAUUUCCAGGUGGGCCGAUGCCCAAGCUCUCCUCAUGGCCGCAGGUCUGGUACAAAACGAUCUGAAGCUCAAUGGCCGCAAACUCAACUGUAUUACCAUCCUCAGGACAGUGAUACAUUUAAGGGCGGCAGUAUUUUGUGCUGCACUGUGGUAUCUGGUUCUGCUGGUGCGGUACUUUGUGCUGCACAAUGGUAUUGCAGGCCCUAUCUACUUCUGUUGGCCCCUUCUACUUAUGUUGCCCAGUCUUCUAUCAAUUUAGUCCCGCUUAAGAACAUGGGGCCACUUUUUUUUUUUUUUCAAGGCCACUUGAAGUUCCCAAUCCGUCAUAUGUUUGAUAGGUUAACAGACAGUAGGAACAGAUAGCAGGGCGUAUGACUGCAGGUAUAGCCUACACAGACUUUGUAGUCUGGAGACACAUCGCUCUGAAUAGAUGGAAGGUUUUUAACUAAGGACCCUAUUAGACUACUUAGUAUUUGGGCAGGACAAGGGCUGAUGGAUGAUAAACACAUCCAUUGGCACUCAUUUGCACCGGCCUUAUUGCACAGAUCAGUGCAUUUCGCUGAAAGGCGCUAAUCAGCCAAGAAACGAGCGUGAUCAUAGUUGCAUGGUUAAUACGGUUAAAAAAAAUACAUAAGUCCAUCAACCAAGGGAACGGUGGGGACAUGAAUCCCAGAAGGAAGUGAUCAUACAGGCCAGUUAUUGGGGACGAGCAUGCUCAUGAUAAUUGCCCCAAAAAUCGUUUGGCCUAAUAGGGCCUUAAAGAGUAAUGCUGGUUAUUGAAAGUUAUCCCCUAUCCACAGAUUAGGGGAUAACUAUCAGAUUGGUGGGGGUCCUACCGCUGGGACCCCCACGAGAACUGGUGCCUCAUACCCCAUAGAGCCCCCCUGAAAUGGACAGAAUGUCAGAGAUGGCAGUUCUGCGCUGUGGGUAGGGGGUAACGUUCUAUAACUGGAAUACCCCUUUAACAUCACUUUAAAAAGUUGCUUACUUUCUCAUUUUGAGCAAAAUUAGAAGAAUACAAACAUGCCUGCAAAUGUCAACGCAGACUUUAACUCCUUUUUAUAUAGCAUCCCUUUAAUAUAUUUUAUAAAGCGCCACCACAAUGCCUGCUAUUGCUUUAUUACCCAGUGUGGCUGCACUUUAAGGUGCAAAAAUUCCUAAAAAAUGUCUAAUUCUGAAUUCUAUACAUUUAAUUUAUUUCUGCAGAUUGACAUUGAAGUAUUUGCUACUGAGGAGAGACUGGUCUAAUAACUGUGUUCAACAAGUCACAACUAAAUGAGCUUUCAAUAGUUUAGAGUUAUGUUUGUCAUAUAGCAUGUGGUAAUGCUAUAGGUUGCACAGACCCCUCCUAUUAUAUAUAGCCUUUAGAAGUUGCACUUUUCUGGGGAUUUUAGUCCUAUAAAUGUUGUUGGCAUGUACUGGUUGAUGUUGGUGACUUAAGUCUCUGGAUCACCCUGAAUGUAUAAUAUUGUGAUGGCUUUAAUAAAAAUAUAAAUUAAGUGCUCCCGAUGAAUAUUCCCUUGCUGUUAUUGAUACUGAGAAUUUUCAUAUUUGUACAUGUCCAAUAUAUAUAUGUCUUCUUAUUUUUGUAAAUGUUUUAUAUAAUCAAUGAUGGGUUUCAUUGUUUGUAUCACUACAAAAUAUAUAAGGAUAUUAUUCAUUAAAUAUAAUUCAUUCAAUAUUAUUUCAUUUUACCAGUGAUAUUGAUCCCAUGUUCCUAUGUGCCCACAUUGCUGAGAAAAAUGAUGUUUUUAAUAUAUGCGAAUGAUCGUCUAGGGACAACGGGGCUAGAGGCUCUGCUCUCUCGGUCAUGCCCUUUCCACUUACACAGGGUCAGGCAGUGUAAACGUCAUAACGCCUGGCCCUGACUUCUCCUAAAGUCAACCUAAGUGGGGGCUCAGCACUUAAAAAAAAGUUGCAAAAAUGGGUUCAUGCAACAUUUUAAUGCCAAAAACUGACAUCAAAAUCUUCGUAAAUGCCCCCAUUUUUCCUAAAAAAAUAAAUAAAAUGAUGAAGCAAAAACCAUUAUAGUUUUUGUAACAUGCUUAGUAAUAGAGAUGAGCAAACUGAUUCUAAUAAAUUGAUUUGUCUCAUCAACAGGGCAACCCUCCCCAGGGGAAGAAGCCCCCUCCUACCACUAGAUUGACCGGCCCCAGAGGCUCCGCUUUCUAUGCAACUGCCACGCCCCCUGCACUUUGACAAUGACAGGCCCCAUCAAUCAAGUGGAGAGGGUGUGGCAGUUGAAGAGAGAGCUGAGACUUUUAGAGUAAUGGUUAGGGAUGAGCGAAUCGACUUUGGAUGAAACAUCCGAAGUCUAUUUGCAUAAAAAUUCGUUCCAGUACUGUAUGGAGCAGGAGCUCCUUACAUCAUUAGAAUGUAUUUGCUCCAAAGCCAAAGUUGGAACUGAAACAGAGUUCGGGAAAUGUUUUUUUUGCAGUACAAAUAAAUUUAUGAAGUUAUUACCCAAAGUCUUGCAAGACUUUACGAAGCAAUAACUUUGGCUCAUCGGAGCCAAUACAUUCUAAUACUGUACGGAGCUCCUGCUCCAUACAGUAUUGGAACUAAUUUUUAUGCGAAUCGACUUCGGAUGUUUCAUCCAAAGUCGAUUCACUCGUCCCUAGUAAUGGUAACGCACCCUACCCCUCCAUUGCUCCUAGAGGCUCAUUUGCAUAUAUUAAAACAUUUUUCUCAGUAAUGCAGGAACAUAUGAACAUGGGACCAACACAGAUGCCUUCAGCUGCCAAGCGCAGAUCUAACUGGUCAACCAGUUCGGGUUGUUGCGAUACCCAAAUUUUGAUUCGGUUUCGAUACCAUAAAAAAGUAUUGCGAUACUCGAUACCAUGCAAAAAAAAUAAAACAAAAAAAAAAAGCCA